AUGUCUACUCUUGAGGAAUGUGAUUCUCAUACUGCUUCGCUGGCGUUUCGUGAGGGGGUCAUACAAGGAACAAAAAUGCACAGGUCUUUAGUGAAAAUCCCACCAGUGGAUAUGAGGGAAGUGAUGGCCCGGGCGGAUGGAAUCAUCAGACUAGAAGAAGAAGAGCUUACCCAAUCAAAAUGCGCCACUUCCAUCAUUGGGAUCCCAAAGCCUCCAUCGGAGCAAAAGGUGGAGACGAAGCGAUAUUCCUUGAGACAAGAACCUAGCAACGGACCUAAGCAAAGCCGACCCUUCACCAGGCUCACGGUGAGUUUAGCCAAACUUUUUCACAAAAACAAGGGCCAAGGUAUAUUUCGAACACCACCUGCGAUCAGCGAAUCCCCAGAAAAGCAAGACAGGAACAAGAUAUGGCCCAUCAUAACGACUUUGGACACGCUACUGAUGAGUGCCGAGUCUCAGGUAUCAGGUGGAGGCAAUGCUGAGAAAGUGAAUGUUAUCCUAGUACCGUGCUAA